AUGGUCACUUACAAUAAACAUUUUGGACAUAGGAGAAAGAGUGCUACUAGCUAUGGAAGUAUUUCAGAGACUAGAAUACCUGAAAACUCUUUAGAAGAGCUGGAAAACAUUCAUGGAGCUGAUGAAGAUGAAGAUAUCAAAUUGUCAGACAUACCUAAUUUAUGGAUUAUAGAAGCUGCCCUGUUCACCAACGUUUUUCUUUCUGGGUUUGAUGGUACUGUUACUGCAUCGACUUAUCAGACUAUUGGGAAUGAAUUUAAUCAUAUGAACAUCUCCAGCUGGAUCACCACUGCUUAUUUGAUCACAUCUACCUCAUUUCAACCACUUUACGGUUCUUUUUCAGAUGCACUGGGUAGAAGAAACUGUUUGUUCUUUGCUAAUACAUCUUUUACUAUUGGAUGUCUUGCCUGUGGAUUAUCUCCAAAUAUCGUUGUUCUGAGUUUUAUGAGGGCACUGACUGGGAUCGGUGGUGGCGGUUUGAUCACACUUUCCACUAUUGUGAACUCAGAUAUGAUUCCUAGCUCGAAGCGAGGUAUAUUUCAGGCCUUCCAGAACCUUUUAUUAGGUUUAGGGGCGAUAUGUGGUGCCUCUUUUGGUGGCUCAAUCGCAUCAUCGAUUGGAUGGAGAUGGUGUUUCUUCGUUCAAGUUCCAAUUUGUAUAACAAAUUCAUUGAUAAUGAGUUCCUACGUCCCCAAUCAAAAAGAAUACGAAGAUCGAGAGAUCGGCUUUUUAUUCCAUCCUAAGAAAAUUCUCAAGGAUAUCGAUGUUACGGGUUCAGUUUUCAUUAUCAUUGGGUUGACAUUACAGCUGUUGUAUUUGAGUUUAGGCUCCUCUAAAGUGGGAGUCUCAUGGACAAGCCCUUCGGUGUUGCCAUUAUUGUUUGCCAGUGGAAUCAUCUUGGUGUUAUUCGUCUACAACGAAGCAAAGACAAGCGCAAGAGCAAUUAUUCCUUUGGAACUAAUGAGAAGUUCAUUCAGUUUUGUUGUUCUAACCAUUAGUAUCCUCGUCGGAUUUGCCAGUUAUGCAUAUCUCUUCACACUUCCCUUAUUCUUCCAAAUUGUAUUGGGAGAUUCAACAGCUAAGGCUGGGCUGCGUUUGACCAUACCUUCAUUGUUUACUCCAGUCGGUGGUUUGAUAACAGGUAUCUGCAUGAGUAGAUAUAACUGCCUACAAAUUCUGCUGUACGCUGGCGUUUUCUUGAUGGCUUUAGGGAACUUCCUCUUCCUGUUUAUUGAGAAAGGCUCUCCAAAUUGGCUGGUAGGCUUGUUUUUGAUACCAGCUAAUUUAGGACAAGGUAUAACUUUCCCCGCAACGUUAUUCACAUUCAUUUUUGCAUUCCCCAAGAGUCGUCAAGCGACAGCAACUUCUACUCUAUACCUAUUCAGAAGUAUUGGUUCCGUAUGGGGUGUCGCUAUGUCGACAGGCGUCAUUCAACUUUAUUUUGGCAAGAGCUUGCGUUCAAAUCUCAAGGAUCUAUUAGACGAAGAUAAGAUAAACGAACUGGUUACCAAGAUAACUUCGAACUCAUCUUACAUUGAAAAGCUUCACGGUGAGUUAAAAGAUGUCGUGAUUGAUUGUUUUGAUUCUAGCACGAAAAAAGCUCACUUGCUAUCAACGAUUCUUUCUUUACUAGCGCUGGCUUUCUGCGUAAUCAAGGAGUUCUUGAAGAAGCCCAAAAUCAAAGAAGAAGGGACUUAUUGCGAACGGUAG